AUAUCAAAUAAAGAAAAACAAAGGAGCGAAAGAGAAAUGUCAAUAGAAGAGGUAGGAGAUGAUUAUACAAAAGAUGGAACUGUUGAUCUUCGAGGAAACCGUGUCCGAAGAUCCCAAAGAGGUCGAUGGAAAGCUUGUUCCUUCGUCGUUGUGUACGAGGCAUUUGAGAGGAUGGCUUAUUACGGGAUAUCAAGCAACCUAGUGAUUUACAUGACAACCAAAUUGCACCAAGGCACGGUCAAGUCAUCGAAUAAUGUGACGAAUUGGGUCGGGACUAUAUUUCUCACUCCCAUAUUGGGUGCUUACGUCGCUGACGCUCAUCUUGGUCGCUACCUCACUUUCGUAAUCUCUUCUGCUAUCUAUUUUUUGGGGAUGUUGGUGUUAACGUUAUCAGUAUCUAUACCGGGAAUCAAACCACCUGAAUGUUCCACGGCUGAUGCUAAUGACUGUGAAAAGACUUCUGUUUUACAAUUAGCCGUUUUCUUUGGAGCGUUAUAUACAUUAGCGAUUGGUACAGGCGGUACAAAACCGAACAUAUCAACAAUAGGAGCCGAUCAAUUCGACGAAUUUGAUCCGAAAGAGAAGAUUCAAAAAAUGUCAUUCUUCAAUUGGUGGAUGUUUAGUAUCUUCUUUGGUACUUUAUUCGCCAACACGGUUCUUGUCUACGUUCAAGAUAAUGUGGGCUGGGCCUGGGGUUAUGGGCUUCCAACUUUGGGACUUGCUAUUUCUAUUUCUGUUUUUUUGUUUGGCACUCCGUUUUACCGCCAUAAACUUCCAACGGGAAGUCCUUUCUUGAAGAUGGCUCGAGUCAUUGUGGCUUCAUUUCGCAAAGCCAAAGCCCCGAUGGCGCGUGAAUUCAUGCGCUUCCACGAGCUGCCUUCGCUGGAAUAUGAGCAGAAAGGCAAAUUUCAGAUCCACCCUACAAAAAGCCUAAGAUUCUUAGACAGAGCUUCACUCAAAACAGGAGCUACCGAUCAAUGGAGUCUUUGUACUAUCACAGAAGUCGAAGAAACAAAACAAAUGCUAAAUAUGUUACCUGCCAUGUUCGUGACUUUUGUCCCAAGCGCGAUGAUCGCUCAAGUCAACACUUUGUUUGUCAAACAAGGAACCACUCUAAACGGAAAGAUCGCCGGAAAUUUCAGCAUACCUCCGGCGAGUCUCUCCGCCUUUGUCACAGUCUCAUUGCUCGUCUCCAUAGUCCUAUACGAUCGAGUCUUUGUCAAGAUAACCCGAAAAUUCACCGGAAAUCCAAGAGGCAUUACUUUGCUUCAACGAAUGGGAAUUGGUCUUAUCUUCCACAACAUCCUCAUGAUCGUCGCAUUUUUCACCGAAAGGUAUAGACUCAAAGUCGCUGCUGAUCAUGGACUCAUCCACCAAACCAGAGUAAAACUACCCUUGACGAUCUUUGCUUUGCUUCCUCAGUUCGUGUUAAUGGGUAUGGCUGAUGCUUUCUUAGAAGUUGCAAAGCUCGAAUUUUUCUACGACCAAGCUCCUGAAAGCAUGAAAAGUCUCGGGACAUCGUAUUCGUUAACGAGUUUAGGGAUCGGGAAUUUCUUGAGCAGUUUCUUGUUGUCGACGGUUUCUAAGAUAACGAAGAAACGGGGAAGAGGAUGGAUUUUGAACAAUCUUAACGAGUCUAGGCUGGAUUAUUACUACUUGUUCUUUGCGGUUCUAAAUUUGGUCAACUUCCUCUUGUUCUUGGUCGUGGUUAGGUUUUAUGUUUACAGACUUGAGGCUACUGAUUUAGUGGAUGUGAAAGAAGAGCAAGUGAAGGUGAUGAAUGUCGAAGAGAAUGAAUAAUCUACCAAUACUG